CAACUGUCCCGGAUGAGAGAAAUUCGACGCUCAUUUUUGAGGCCCACUCCGUGAUUGACUUUCAUCGUGGGCUGCCAUCGCCUCCCCCGGAGCCAUGAGCCGGUAUCCGUGCCCGCUGAAGUGCGGCUACAAGCUGGACGUGCUGCUCAGCCAUGCAGAGCCACAAUCCCCCGACAACCCACUGCUGCUGCGCUUCUGGGCCCGCCUUACCCGGGCGGACAUUGACGCUAACUUCAGCACCAUUCGCAAAGCCGUUAUGAUGCCACCGAGCUGGGAGCCAGUAGGCUUGUCAACGCCACUCGCUGUGGGGGAGCCAUGCAUCGCCUGGUACAGCAAAGAGGCUAGCUGGCAUCGCGCCAAAGUGUUGGCCCACGCCGAGUCACAACAGUCGCAGCAGGGCAUCGUUCACAACUACCUCGUCUUCUUUAUCGACCUGGGCUUAAGAGAGGUUGUGCAGGCCGGAUUCAUGCGUGAGGGGCGGCCCGAAUUUUUCCAGAUCCCUCCCAUGAUGCAGUGCUAUGCCCUAGCCAACGUGCUGCCAAUGAGCAAUUGCUGGUCCAAGAUGGUGCUCGACUAUGUGGAAUCGCAGCGCGACACGAAGAUGCACGGUUGUGUGGAGGGUUUUCUGGACGACCACACCAUCGUUGUCAACCUGGAACUCAUGGUCACGCAGUUGUGCCAGAUGCGCUGUGCACGCCGCGUCGACUCGAACGUGUUCCAGUUGAUUGUCAAAAUCAUGGAUGAUGCGAAGCCUGAAACGGCACAGCUGCCCAAACUGCCGACGGUCUCCCCCGCAAAUCUUGGCAACCUGAAGCACCACUUCAACGCUGAACCGCCUCCCAUCAUUCCACCUGCAGGACCAAAAAUACGAUCGGCUGAAGGUCGCCAUGAGAUGUCCGCGUUUUACAGCACCCGCAUGCCAGUGGGCACUCUGCAGGCCGUACUGGUUACGCAUGUAAUCAGCCCCGACAGCUUCUUUUGCCAGCUGCAGAGCUUUAGGCUCGAUCUGCAGCGCCUCAUUCAGCUCAUGGCCUUGCACUACCUGGAGGCGGAUGCUCGCGGUGUCCAAUUUCCACUGCCGCCAAAUAGCCCCUGCGCUGUGCUGAACACGAGGAUCGGGCAGUGGUACCGCGGGCUGGUUAUCCACAACAGCUCGCCCUCUGAGGCGCUGGUGCACUUCGUGGACUUUGGCAAUCGUGCCUGCAUGCCGUCAAAACACCUGCAGCCUCUGUUGUCCGAGUUUUUCGACCUCCCUGUGCAGGCAUUCAGGUGCGCCAUGGUGGGGGCGCAUGCCACCCUGCAGGAGGGCAGCCGCAUCUGGUCCACCGAGGAGGUGCUGCUGCUGAAGUCGAUCCUGUUGAACAGUGUCUUCACGGCGCAGGUGGUGUCCUACAACAGAAUAGAAAAGCUGUAUUACGUGGUGCUUUUGGAUCAGAAUGGCCAGUCUGCGUUCCAAAAGUUUUCUGAAAUGGCAGCCACUCGGCCAGCCAUGGAAGCCACUUUGCCAGACAGGGUAGCGACGGUGGCCACUCUGCCAGACACGGCAGCCACCGCCAUCGGCCAUGGUAGCGGCGUGCCGCCGUCCGUGAUGGCACCGCCACCGAUGGCUCUUGCGGGCGUGGGUGCGGGUCGUCCCGUCUUCACAGCGCUUAAGCUUCACCUGCAAAACUUUACACACGUGUACGCGGAGAACAUCGUGAGCCCCGACGAGUUCUGGGUGCGCUUGACGAGCAAGAAUGAGGAGUUUGAAAAACUCAUGGUGCAGAUGCAGAAGCAUUUCAGCCUGGCAGGACCACACGAGGGCUUGCUGGACAAGUCAGCUGUCGGCAUGGCGUGCUGUGCAAUGUGCCCCAACAACAUGUUCUACCGGGCCACGGUGACGGACGUGAUCUCCGCAAGAAAAGUGCAAGUUCAAUGCGUCGACUACGGCAUCUCGCAAUUCGUUGAACCGAAAGACAUCCGAGCUCUGCCGCCUCAUUUCCUGGAGCUUCCCGCUUGCGUGGUGCGGUGCCGCUUGGCUGGCGUGGCGCCGCCAGAGGUGCGACAUCAGGGCGGCGACCGCACGUCCACAGACCGCUGGAGCCCCAUGGCAACCUGGUUCUUCAAUUCGCAGGUCUUCAACAAGCAUGUGGCGAUGAUUCCAAGGAGCAAGUCCGCAGACGGCUACGAGGUGGACCUCUACAGUAUUGGGAAAUCGGAGUCUUCCAGCAUAGCUAAAGAGUUGAUCAGAAGUGGGCUAGCAGUGGCCUUGUCUAGCCACGCUGAAUUGCUCAAGGUGAAUAGUGCUGGCGUCUCCGAUUCGAUGGUGGCGGCAUCGUCUCCUGCUGGGCCGUCCUCUGAUGGUGCUAACGACCAUGACAGCGUUGUACCGCAACCACAGGAGGUGGCACCAGUCCCGAGACCGGCCGUGGGGGGGUCCAUCACGGUAGUGGAACCCCUGAUGUUUGUUGUGGGGGAGAUGGCGGAUGUCAUCGUUACCUCCAUUAAGUCGCCCUGGGAGUUCUGGUGUCGGCUGAAGUCGGCUGAAAGGGAUGUCGCCUUACUGAACCGCAAGAUGAACGAGCACUACCGUAACUGGAAAGCGCCAUUGCCGCACUUGGAGGCCGGUGUGUGCGUCGCCCAUUACGCUCCUGAAGACCAGUGGUACAGAGUUUUUAUCUACGAGGUGGUCAAGGGCUCUCGCAGCAUGGCCUCGGUCUUGAUCCUGGAUGAUGGCAGGGAGGUGCAGGUCAGCACCAGGGACCUCUAUCCGAUUGACCCACAGUUCCUGAAGCUCAAGAUGCAGGCCUUCAAAUGCAGCCUCUACAAUUGCCUGGAGGCCCACGAGGAGCAGAGGGACCAGGCCACGGAGAUGUUCAAGAGCUUCACGAAGAAGGCCCUCGCUUGCGGUCUCAACUGCACCAUCAUUAUGCUCGUCGAGCGCAACAAGAGGGACUUCUUCAACCUCGUGGACCUGCACACGCCGUUCCAGAGCGUGAGUGCGCAGCUUGUCAGCAGGGGCCUGGCCAAGCUGUUGGAUCCGCCCGGACAUCUGGCCGAGUCGGACUGCCCGCUGUCCUUCCCCUACUCGACGCACGGCAUCAAGAUCGGCGCCGAGGAGGGCGUGAUCAUGACGCACGCGGAGGGCCCGAGCAGGUUCUGGUGCCAGUUGACUCGCAACGACGACGCCCUCAAACUCUUCAUGGUCAAGCUCGGCAAGCACUGCAGCCACGCCUACAGCAGGCAGACGUUUGAUAUGAAAAGGCGAUUGUGCUUUGCUCAGUACGCCGGUGACGGGCAGUGGCACCGGGCGUUGGCCACGCAGGGCCCUAACCCCAAUGAAGUCAACGUGUCAUUUAUCGAUUACGGGAACAACGAGGUGGUGGAGAAAUCCAAGCUGCUGCCCCUGCUGCCUGACGCCUAUGACUUAGCGGAGCUGCCAUGUCAGGCGAUUCAGUGCUUCCUGGUGGACGUCUCUGCACCCAAGGAGGGCUUCCCAGAUUCGGUGUUGUCCUUCUUUCGUGCUAUGGUGUACUCGUCGGACAUGAAAGCCGUGGUGCUCUGCCGGGAGGAUUUCGGCCAACUCGGGCUGGAGCUGUUCCACGGCACGCAACGCCUCAACACGACUAUCAACCAGAUGCUGAACCCUCCUCUCCCCCCUUCUCGCGGGCUGCACCAGCUGCCCGAGGUCAUAGCUCAAACAGGCAGCGCCCACAGAGACGCGGUGACGUAUAGAGCCAGGGAGCAGAGCCACCGUCCGCCGGUGACGAGUGCGCCGUCACACGAGCCUCCCGAGAGGCUCGUACCCGUCCUGGGUCCUGCGCCGGCCCAGGGUAGGCACAAGCCGGCAGACAGAGAGCCCGAGCAAAGCGCCGUAUAUCUAAGGAAAGGAAACAGCAAGCACGCAGAGUUGCCCUCAUCAAAGCGGGAACAGCCGGAGGCCUUGCCGAGGCGAGUUUUUGGCAGCGAUUCUCUGAGGAUGGAUCAAGUCGUCAGAGAGAGAAGCCCAGAUGCGAUGAACACAGCGGGAUACGGGAAGGCGAUGCACGAGGAGCCCUCUUAUUCCUUCUGGAGGCAAAUCAGAGAGAGCGAGAACUCGUCGCGUCAGUGGCGAGACAAAGCAACCACUCGGGACAGAAACGGAAGGUCCGUUCACUCCGAAGGCAGCUCUCAGGCUGACGGAACCUGCAGCUUGACACGUGACAACGUGACACCGCAUAACGCGGCAGCGCACAACGUGACACCUGAUAAUGUGACGCCGAAGUACCUGGAAAGCAGUGUCACCAGCGUGUUGGGCGACACCACUUUGGAGGAGAGGACCCUGUCGUGCUCGCCGAUCUGCCACAGCACUGUAAUCGACGAGGAAGGAUAUGCCACUCGGGAGAAGGAGCAAGAGGCGAAGGCUAAAAUUAUUCCGAAGUUGGAGGAUCUUGCCGCUUCUCCUGUGGGCGACGGACAAGCGGGCGCCACCUUGAAUGUGUUUGUGUUGCACGUGGUCACCCCAUCUCGUUUCUAUGUCCAGCUUGCGUCCGACGAGCAGACGAUUUACGGUCUUGCCGAAGAGCUGAAUGACGGCAGCGUGAGCGGCGGCAGCUUGCGCCCAAGCGACCUGAAGCUAGGGGACCUCAUCUGCGCCAAGUACAGCGACGACGAGAGCUGGUACCGCGCCGUAGUCAGGGGCUUUGAACCCGACGACCCACUGGCCCUGGUUGAGUUCAUUGACUACGGCAACACAGACAGGGUUGGCUCCGACAGCAUGUCCGAGCUGCGUACGGAAUUUUUGCGUCACCCCCGACGAAGCAUCGCGUGUAGCCUUGCCGGAGUGCGGCCAUGCGUUAGCAUUCACGGUAAUAAGUGGACAAAGGAGGCGACCGAACUUUUCACUGAAACCGUCCACGACUUAGAGCUGCGCUGCGAAGUUUCUGUGGUGAAUCCACGCAGGAACGGCAAGAGCAGCAACAGGAGCAGCAGCAGGAGCGGAACCAGCAGGCCUUGGAAACAACUGCCGAACCGGACCGUGCGACGACUAACUCCACACAUGAGGACAAUCAUGGGGUGGAGAUGGACGGCAAGCUGGAGGCUCGGGCAGCAGUACGAGGUGUACGUGUCCCUCGCCAGGGGCCUGGACAACUUUUGGUGCCAGCUGAAGGUGUUGGCGGACGAGCAGCUGACCUCGCUGAUGUCGGUUAUCGAAACGACGGGAGACGAGCGAGAGGUGUCUCUGGCCAUGGUGGAGGUCGGGGGCCUCUACCUGGCACGCUAUAGCGAGGACAACGUACUGUACCGCGCACGCGUGCUGGACGUGGCCGCGGGCCGUGCCAAGGUGAUGUUCAUCGACUACGGCAACGAGGAGGAAUUGGACGUAUCGUGCCUUCGCGGAGUCCCGCCCAACGUCGCCGUUGCACCACCAUUUGCGUUCCCAUGCUUCCUGCGUGGAUCGACGGGGUGCAUUGUGCCAGAUGAGGUCACCAACGCAUUUGUGGACGCAUGCUUGGAGGAGUCUCGAAUGCUGAAAGUCGUUGCCGUUGUCACCACUGUGGCCGACUGCUGCACGCAUUCUGCCUUCUAUGAGGUCGAGCUCUACGAUGAGCAUGGUGACCCAUUCAGCGAGAAAUAUUUAAGGGGAACAUUCGCUCAGGAUCCAUUGCAGCGGCAGGAGCAAGGGCCGGUGGUAGAUCUGGACCAUGCAGAAUCUGGGCAAGGAGAAACGAAAGAAGCCCCUCCCAAAGAUGAAGUCUCUGACAAAGAAAAAGUACCGCUUUUCGAAAAGGCCCGUUUAAAAAGUUCAGCUGAAGAGGUCCACGCUGACGUCGAACCGUAUGACGGUGGGAACCCUGAGCCAGUGAUUUCUACCAUCAAGGAUUAUCCUGCUGCGCCACCGCUGGCUGCCGGUGAGACGUUGAGCGUGCACUGUCUGUCGUACAAUUUGGAACUCGGAGAGGUCUCCUCUCCAGCAGCCGGAACUGGAGAGGAGCUGCUGGGCGAGGAGGAGGAGGUCAUUCCACCACUCCGCCUCGAAGAGCUGGUGCCUGGGACACCCUGCACGUUCAGAAGCCGAGUGGAGGCCGUCGUGCUGGAAGGGGAGUACGAUGCAACGGUAGCAGUAGUGAGACACGAAGACUCUGACGCCGAGGAGGAGGUGCAUGUACCCCUCGUGCUCCGACUAGGCAAGGAUCCGAUCGCGCUGCCUCCACAUGACAGCUGCUGCUGCUCGUUCGACCUGGCGGGCACCAGCGAGGGGUGCCAGGGUGGUGGUAAGGGGCAUUGUCAAGGGACAGAUGUGCAGUGGGUGGUAGCGACGGCAGCUUGUGAAGACGGAGGCAGCGGCCAGUGGAUUGGUGGCGGUGAGCCGGUGGUGGAAACGGGCGGGCGACCACCCGCGGCGGUGGAGCCAGGACGUGUGGAUCCUCCGCUCGACCAACUUGCGCAGGAAACCCAGGACCCGUCGCAUGAAACUGAGGAGCUGGAUGACUGCGCUGUUGUUGCGGAUGAGGAGGUGGUUGGGGGCGAAGAGUGUGAAUACGAGGAAGUGGAAAUGACCGCGGCGAGCGAUGACAACAACCAAAACUCCGCCUGGACGGGAGGAGAAGGCGGCGAGCCACAUUUGCUGGUGCCGUGUAAAGGACGAGAGGAGGAGCUGCCCAGACACCUCGUGUUGGCGUCUGUGGGAGAGCAAGACUGCGCCACUGCGGAUGGAGCGAGCGUAGACAUCGCUGGGCAUGCAGAAGCCUCGAUGCUGCCGCACGACAGCGCCGUAGUCCUCCUGCCCGCCUCCGGCUCCCUGGCCCUGGGCGACAGCGAGCGCCGCAUGGGCCGGGACGUAGGCACUGAGAGGAUUCGGCAAGUUUGCCGGCAUGUUCGCCCGGGACUUGGCAGACAACCGCGUGGAGUCCGUCACGCUGACUGCACAACUGCGCUGCCUGAGCGGCGCUGCUCCCGCACUGCCGCUGAGGGCCUCGCCCUGCCGAUUGCUCGAGUUUCGCAGGGAGCGAGUCGGCGCCGCGUAUGACCCUCGCAGCCUGGCGAACACGGUCGCCCUGGAAGGUUUGAAUGCCGAAAUGGUGCACGGUAAAUGCACGCUUCGGCUGAGGCUGGUGAAUAUGGACGAUGGCAGGGGCAUCACC